ACAAUCUUAGCAUUCACCACUCAGCAGCCGCCUCUCCUACCCCAAUUAGCACAGAAGAUUUGGUGGUUCCUCUCCUUGUGAAACAUGGCAUUGCCAUCAGCUGCUAUGCAAUCCAACCCUGAAAAGCUUAACUUAUUUCACAGAUUGUCAAGCUUACCCACCACUAGCUUGGAAUAUGGCAAUAAUCGCUUCCCUUUCUUUUCCUCAUCUGCCAAGUCACACUUUAAAAAACCAACUCAAGCAUGUUUAUCCUCAACAACCCACCAAGAAGUUCGUCCAUUAGCAUACUUUCCUCCUACUGUCUGGGGCAAUCGCUUUGCUUCCUUGACCUUCAAUCCAUCGGAAUUUGAAUCGUAUGAUGAACGGGUAAUUGUGCUGAAGAAAAAAGUUAAGGACAUAUUAAUUUCAUCUACAAGUGAUUCAGUGGAGACCGUUAUUUUAAUCGACUUAUUAUGUCGGCUUGGCGUAUCAUAUCACUUUGAAAAUGAUAUUGAAGAGCUACUAAGUAAAAUCUUCAACUCCCAGCCUGACCUUGUCGAUGAAAAAGAAUGUGAUCUCUACACUGCGGCAAUUGUAUUCCGAGUUUUCAGACAGCAUGGUUUUAAAAUGUCUUCGGCAGAUGUGUUUAGCAAAUUCAAGGACAGUGAUGGUAAGUUCAAGGAAUCCCUACGGGGUGAUGCUAAGGGUAUGCUCAGCCUUUUUGAAGCUUCCCAUCUAAGUGUGCAUGGAGAAGACAUUCUUGAAGAAGCCUUUGCUUUCACCAAGGAUUACUUACAGUCCUCUGCAGUUGAGUUAUUCCCUAAUCUCAAAAGGCAUAUAACGAACGCCCUAGAGCAGCCUUUCCACAGUGGCGUGCCGAGGCUAGAGGCCAGGAAAUUCAUCGAUCUAUACGAAGCUGAUAUUGAAUGCCGGAAUGAAACUCUGCUCGAGUUUGCAAAGUUGGAUUAUAAUAGAGUUCAGUUAUUGCACCAACAAGAGCUGUGCCAGUUCUCAAAGUGGUGGAAAGACCUGAAUCUUGCUUCGGAUAUUCCUUAUGCAAGAGACAGAAUGGCAGAGAUUUUCUUUUGGGCAGUCGCGAUGUACUUUGAGCCUGACUAUGCACACACCCGAAUGAUUAUUGCGAAGGUUGUAUUGCUUAUAUCACUAAUAGAUGAUACAAUUGAUGCGUAUGCAACAAUGGAGGAAACUCAUAUUCUUGCUGAAGCAGUCGCAAGGUGGGACAUGAGCUGCCUCGAGAAGCUGCCAGAUUACAUGAAAGUUAUUUAUAAACUAUUGCUAAACACCUUCUCUGAAUUCGAGAAAGAAUUGACGGCGGAAGGCAAGUCCUACAGCGUCAAAUACGGAAGGGAAGCGUUUCAAGAACUAGUGAGAGGUUACUACCUGGAGGCUGUAUGGCGCGACGAGGGUAAAAUACCAUCGUUCGAUGACUACUUGUAUAAUGGAUCCAUGACCACCGGAUUGCCUCUCGUCUCAACAGCUUCUUUCAUGGGAGUUCAAGAAAUUACAGGUCUCAACGAAUUCCAAUGGCUGGAAACUAAUCCCAAAUUAAGUUAUGCUUCCGGUGCAUUCAUCCGACUUGUCAACGACUUAACUUCUCAUGUGACUGAACAACAAAGAGGACACGUUGCAUCUUGCAUCGACUGCUAUAUGAACCAACAUGGAGUUUCCAAAGACGAAGCAGUCAAAAUACUUCAAAAAAUGGCUACAGAUUGUUGGAAAGAAAUUAAUGAAGAAUGUAUGAGGCAGAGUCAAGUGUCAGUGGGUCACCUAAUGAGAAUAGUUAAUCUGGCACGUCUUACGGAUGUGAGUUACAAGUAUGGAGACGGUUACACUGAUUCCCAGCAAUUGAAACAAUUUGUUAAGGGAUUGUUCGUUGAUCCAAUUUCUAUUUGAACUCAAUAAUUCCUUUUUUCAUUUUGUACUUCAAUAAGUUAUAAAUGACCCGUGCACUAGCUGUGGUGAUUAUUGUAUUUAAAUUGCCUUUUAAAUUAAUAUAUGAAUCAAGAAUUUUAUAGAAAAAAUCUCAUAUUAUUAAUCUUUUUGCAA